CUUCAGCCCUCAGAGCGAAGACGAUGAUGCUGAUGUGGAUAACUGUGAUGCUUUUUGCAGAUUCCACACAGACAGCCAGCGACGAUGCGCCGAAUCCAGUGAUCACUGCUGAUGUUGGAGAUAACGUGACUCUGUACUGCGUUCAUCUGCAAGUCAUCACAAAUCCCAUCAUUUGGUACAAACAAAAAGUAGGACACAAGCCUCGUGUGAUGGUGACAGUUCAAGGUGAACCCAGUUACGAAGAUGGGUUCGAGGCACAAAAAUUCAUCAUUAAGAAAGAACAAACGGGGAUCAGUUUAUCAAUUGCUUACGUGGAACCAUCAGAUGAAGCCAUUUAUUACUGUGGAUUUAUAACAUUUGUUACGAGCUUUGCAAAUGGAACGUUUUUAUCCGUUAAAGGUACUGAAGAUGUGAGUGUCUCGGUGUGGCAGCGCGGCGUGAUGGACUCGGUUCCUGCAGGAGCCUCAGUGACUCUGCAGUGCUCGGUUCUCUCUGAGAGCAGAGCAGCAGAACUCCAAGUGCUCUGGUUCAGAGCUGCUCCACCACAAUCCCAUCCUCAAAUCAUUUACACUCAUCACAACAGCAGCCGUCAGUGUGAGAGCGACUCUUAUACACACACCUGUGUGUACAACUUCUCCAAGAACAUCCUCAGCCUCAGUGAUACUGGAACUUACUACUGCGCUGUGCUCUUGUGUGGGAAGAUCAUCUUCGGGAACGGGACAUCGGUACAGAUGGAGAACUUUGAGAGAUCUGUGGAUCCUGUCGUGAUCUUUCUCGGUGUAGCUUUGGGACUGUGUGUGGUUGUGAUCUUAGCAUUGAUCUUUCUCAUAACCUGUAAAGGAAGAAACGAAGCGAGACUAAAACACGGCUCUGUGACGGACAAGACGCUCAAUCAGGACUGUGACUUUGUGGAGGUGAAUUACAGCGUUUUACAUUUCAAUGAGAGGAGAGUCAAAAGAGGACGAGUCAAGAAACAACAACCGAGAGAUGUUAUUUAUUCUGACGUCCGACAUCUUAAAUAAGUUAAAUAAGAUGUUAAAUAUGAUUCAGUUAAAUAUAAUUUCUUAGUUCUGUUAUACUGUAGAAAUAUUUUAGUUAAUAAUUAUAAAUAGUGAAGUGCUGGUUUAAGUGAUUAAGGCUCUGGGUUGUUGAUUAGAGGAUCAGGGUUCAAGCCACAGUACUGCCAAUCUGCAACUGUUGGGCCCUUGAGCAAGGCCCUUAACCCAGCGGUGCUGUAUCAUUUCUGACCCUGUGCUCUGAUCAAAAACUUUUUUUAUUUUUUUUGUUUAUUUGUUUAUUAUUUUCCAGUCCAUUCUGUCCGUCAAAAAUGGAAAUAGAGAUUUUUCAGUGUAAUGAAGGGUCUGAUGUCGUGUCUGUGAGUCUGAUCUAAAGUGAGUCAGGACUCUGUUGUUCUUUCAGCGUGUUUUAGACGUGUGUUUUUCCCUCUGUUGAUGAUCUUACACUGAAUUUUAGUGUUGAAGAGAAAUCUGAGCUGCUUUUUAGGUGAACAAACACUCGGAGCUUCUCAGAGAGCAGAAAUGGGUUUGAUAUCAACUUUUACUCUGAACAUACAAACAUCUGUGUGGAGAAAAAACUUCAAUUCGAUUCAAUUCAAUUUUUAUUUGUAUAGCAAUAUACAUUGCCUCAAAGCAGCUUUACAGAACAUUCAUUCAUUCAUUCAUUUUCUACCGCUUAUCCGAACUACCUCGGGUCACGGGGAGCCUGUGCCAUCGGGCAUCUCAGGCAUCUCGGGCAUCAAGGCAGGAUACACCCUGGACGGAGUGCCAACCCAUCGCAGGGCACACACACACACUCUCAUUCACUCAUGCAAUCACACACUACGGACAAUUUUCCAGAGAUGCCAAUCAACCUACCAUGCAUGUCUUUGGACCGGGGGAGGAAACCGGAGUACCCGGAGGAAACCCCCGAGGCACGGGGAGAACAUGCAAACUCCACACACACAAGGCAGAGGUGGGAAUCGAACCCCCGACCCUGGAGGUGUGAGCCGAACGUGCUAACCACUAAGCCACCGUGCCCCCCCUUUACAGAACAUACUGUAAGAAAUAAUUUACAAAAAGUUUUAAAUUACACACAGGUGAAUAUUAGACAAAAAAGUUCAAAAUUAAUAUUAGACUUAUAUAUAAAUGUGUUUGUAUUUAUCUCUAAUGAACAAGCCAGAGGUGACUGAGGUGACUGUGGUGAGGAAAAACUCCCUUAGAUGGAAGAGGAAGUAAGAAAGGAGUUUGUAAUAACAGCAUGUUGUGAAGUGUUUAUUUCUUGUUUACCAGCACAACUAGUUAAUUGUUGCUUUUAGUGCAUGAUUUCUUACUUUAAACAUUUAAAAGUAGGACAUUUGGGGUCACACACACAAAAACAACAAUAUUUGGUAAUAGUAAAAAAAGUAGCAUCGAUGAUUUAUGUAUGAAGGUUGUACUUUUGUGACAAGUCAGCAUCAUCAUAGCA